AACUCGAUGUGUCCCACACAGCCAGUCUGAAUUUCUCCACCAAAUCAAGCAGUUAGGUUUUUGGAAAAUAUAAAUUUCAAAAAUAAGAAGGGAAAUGUGCGAGUAUGGCAAUAAGCUGAGCUGGGCUGUCGGCAAGAAGACGGUGCUGUGUGUCGGCACCACGACCAUUGACUUCGUCUCGACCAUCAGGAAGUUCCCCGUGGACAACAAGUGCGAGAGGGCCAUCGGGGGGUACUGGAUGCGGGGCGGGAACGCGUCGAACAACUGCACGGUGCUCUCGAACCUGGGCGUCAAGGUGGAGUUCUUCGGAAUGCUGAGCAGCCUGAGCAUGUUCCAGGUGCUGGUCGACGACCUGAAGGCGCGCGGCAUCAUCAUAGAGAACUGCCCAAGCUGCGACCAGGACGCGCCCUUCGCCUCCGUGAUACUCACCAAGUCGACCAAGACACGGAACAUUGUCUCUUGCAAUAGCAACUUCCCGUACGUGGGCAUCGAGCACUUCCGGAAGCUGGACCUCGGCCAGUACGGUUGGAUACACAUGCGGGCCCUGUUCUUCGAGAACACGCUGGCGAUGGUCAAGGAGCUGACGGCUCACAACGCGGCCAGGCCGGAGAAGAUAGUCCUUUCGCUGGAGUUCGACAACAGCCUGGAGGAGAUGUGGCCCCUGAUGGACUACUGCGACUACGCCAUCUUCUCCAAGCAGCUGGCCCAGCCCAACGGCUGGGUCUCCCUGGAGGACGCCUGCCUGCAGCUCGACGAGCGUCUGCGCAUGCGCUGGGGCCUGAACCUGAAGCGACCCUACGUGGUCGUCCUGUGGGGCGACGAGGGUGCCGGGUUCUUGGACCUCGACGGCAACUACACCCACGUCAAGCCCUACAAGCCCAAGCGCAUUGUGGACGCCCUUGGAGCCGGCGAUACCUUCGUGGGCGCCUUCAUCUACGCCCUCUACAUCCGAGAGCGAUCCCUGCCCGUCGCCGUGGACUUCGGCAAUCGCAUGGCCAGCUACAAAUGCACGAAGAACGGCUACGACCACAUCGCCAACAUCCUACUGCCCCCCAUCCUGUGAUGCGCUUCCCAUUUCUUGUAGCCAAAACAAAAGUGUUUAGUUGAUAAAUAAACUGCUUAGCCUUAUUGGCAGCAUUGUAACACAG